UCUGAGUCUAGUCUCUGGUUUCGUUUCCCUCCCGCUUCAGUAGACGCCCAGGCGAGAGCACUGGUGCGAACUUUACUUCACGUGGACAUACUUCAUUUAAAAAAGUAGCGUUUUUCUUUAAAAUUCCUAACCUUAUAUCCACGUAAUUACGUGGAUUUGGUGCGAAUAGACACAGCGAUUAAAAAUGGCAAAGUUCAAGCUCAACAAACCGAGCAAGAGGAUGCCAGCUCGCAAAAGGUACAAGAUAGAGAAAAAAGUAAGGGAACACAACAGAAAAAUGCGCAAAGAGGCUAAGAAACAUCCCAAGAAACAAAAGGUGAUUCAAGUGCCCAAUCAGUGUCCAUUCAAGGAGGAUAUACUGAAGGAAGUGGAAGCAUUUAAGAAACAGAAGGAGGAAGAAAGAUUGAAGAGGAAAGAGGAAGCAAAACAAAAAAAACAUGAAGAGCUCGCCAAAGCUGGACUGGAAGGCAUGGUUAAUCAAGCUGAGACCAAACAAAAAGAGCAUGAAGCCAUGGAAACAGGAGUGGCAAGUAAAAACACUGAUCAGCUAAACAAGAAAGAAGAGCACUCUCUCAAGGCAUACUACAAGGAAUUCAAAAAAGUCCUCGACGAUGCUGAUGUCAUUCUUGAGGUUGUCGAUGCUAGAGAUCCUUUGGGGACUAGGUGCAAGCAAGUGGAGGAGUCGGUCCUAGCUGCCAAAGACAAGAGGCUUGUGAUUGUCCUAAACAAGGCGGAUCUCGUACCCAGAGAGAACUUGGAUGCAUGGCUCAAGUACUUAAGGAGGAGUCUACCAGCAGUUCCCUUCAAAUCGUCUACUCAGAGUCAGUCCAGAAGAUUGGGCAGGAGGAAACUCGGGCGCAAGAAGGAAGAGAACAUUCAGGGUAAUACCUGCUUUGGGGCUGAGCUGUUGCUUUCGCUUCUUGGCAACUAUUGUAGAAGCACAGCCGGCACUAAGGCUAGUAUUCGCGUGGGAGUUGUGGGCCUACCAAAUGUUGGUAAAUCCAGUGUCAUCAACUCGUUGAAAAGAAGUAAGGCUUGCAACAUAGGAAACACACCAGGCGUCACAAAGCAAAUGCAAGUAGUGCAACUCGAUUCGAAAAUAAAGCUUUUGGAUUCACCUGGCAUAGUGUUUGAAAGUUCGAAAGAUGCUGAUCCGUCAGCGGUUGCUCUCAAAAAUGCAGUAAAGAUUGAAUCUUUGCGAGAUCCAUUUACUCCUGCAAGUACCAUCUUGAAGCGAAUCUCGACUCAUGAACUGAUGGAAUUGUACGAUGUGACUGAGUUCGCGUCACCAGAGGAGUUUUUCGCUAAAAAAGCCGCUAGAAUGGGAAAGUUUAGGAAGGGUGGCAUUCCUGAUUCACUAGCUGCUGCUCGAAGCAUUCUAACUGAUUGGAAUUCCGGCAAAAUUAGAUAUUACACUGUCCCACCAGAAGACACAGCUACGUGCCACGUGUCUGCGAAAAUUGUGAACUCAACGGUAGAAGAAUUUGACUUUGAAAAACUAGCAGAUGAGGAGAAAAUGCUCCUUGACAAUUUAGAGGCUGAAAAUGAAUCUGAACUUCAGCCAUUACAAAUAAGUAGCAGUGGCCCUGUUGAAUUGUCAAUGGAGGUAGAGGAAAAAACAGAAUCUGAAGUUAAAGUUCAAGGCAAAAAGGGAAAGAAGCGGAAGGCACAAGAAAACAAUAAAACUUCUCAAAGAAAGAAGAAAGUUGACCCUGUAUUUGAAUUGGAAGGAAAUCAGCAACUAAAUAGAAUAAAGAAAAUGCAAUUUAAAAAACAAAAAAAGGAAGCUGGACGAAGAGCAAGAGAAGCCACAGCCCUAGCUGGCGUCUUAGAUGGCGUAAAUCUGAAGACAACGAAUGACAAUUAUGAUUUCAAAACCGACUUUUCCCUGAAAUAACUGAAUUUUUCAUUCACUUGGGCUGUUGUUAUUGAAUUUCACAAAUUAUCAUCCUAGUUGUUCUGUGUAAAUAAUAAUUUUCUAAUAAAAAUUACAUACAAAAAAAUGUAUUUGUAUUAGUGUAUAUUGUUUACAACGAAGUUAAAAUGAAUCUAUAUCUUUUAUUCCUUUCUAUAAAGUGUACAUAAAAAAAUUUCAUGUAAAAUUAAU